AUGUCUCACGUUUCAAUUGUAACUGGUGCUUCCAGAGGUAUUGGUAAGGCCAUUGCUCAAAUUCUUUUGAAAAACCCAUCUUCAAAAGUUGUGAUUGUUGCUAGAUCUCAAGCUCCAUUGGAAUCUUUCCAAAAGCAACACGGCUCAGAUAGAGUAGCAUUUGUCGCUGGUGAUAUUACUGACCCAGCUACUUCUAAGAAAGCUGUUGAGACUGCUAUUUCCAACUUUGGUCAAUUAAAUGCUGUCAUUGCUAAUGCCGGUGUGUUGGAUCCAAUAGGUCCAAUAGAAAACACAUCUGUUGAUCAAUGGAAACGAUUGUAUGACAUUAACGUAUUUUCUGUAGUUGAGUUAAUCAAACACAGUUUGCCACAUUUAAAGAAAACUAACGGUAAAGUCAUUGGUGUUUCUUCAAUUGCUGCCUUCACAGCUUUCAACGGUUGGUAUGCUUAUGGUUCUUCUAAAGCUGCAUUGAACCAUUUGAUGUUCUCUUUGGCUUCUGAAGAAAAAGAUAUCCAAGCCAUUGCUGUUGCUCCAGGUGUCGUUGACACUGAAAUGCAAAAUGACAUUAGAGAAAAAUUUGGCAAAAAUAUGAAGGAAGAAGCUUUCCAGCAAUUUGUUGAUUUACACAAGAAUGAAAAGUUGGUUUCUCCAGAAGAACCAGGUACAGUUUAUGCUAACUUGGCCUUGAAGGGUUGGUCAGAAGAUUUGAACGGGAAAUACUUAGAUUUUGAUGAUGCCCUUCUUAAAGACUAUCAAAUGUAG